GGCAAAUCCAGUGUGGCUAGAUCCGUUCUGCAGAAACAUGGAGCUGGCGGCUCAAGCAGAGCAUGAGGACGACCUACCUGAAAACCUAAGUGACAUCACCGAUCUCUGGAACAGCCCAGCAAGGACACAUGGAACCUUUGGACGAGAACCAACAGCUACCAAACCAGAAGAUGACAGAUACCUACGUGCAGCAAUACAAGAGUACGAUAACAUCGCUAAACUUGGUCAGAUUAUGCGUGAAGGACCAAUUAAGGGAUCGCUGCUCAAAGUGGUGUUGGAUGAUUAUAUGAGGCUGAAAAAAUUGCUAGCGCAACGUAUGAUCCACAAGGCAACUACCAGUUCUGGGGACCAGUCCUCAGUCACAGAGUUGAUCCAGAAUGAUUUGGAUGAAGAUGAUGACCAAAGCCCAAGACAGGGAUCCCUCCGUUUCCGGCACAAGCAGCCCAUUGAACUAAAGGGUCCAGAUGGAAUUCACGUUGUUCAUGGCAGCACUGGAACGCUGUUGACCUCUGACCUUAAUAGUUUGCCUGAGGAUGACCAGAGAGGUCUUGGCCGAUCUCUGGAGACGCUCAAUACAGACACUGGUGCCUUUAAUGACAGAAAUGCUCGUACAGAGUCUGCAAAGUCUACACCAAUGCACAAAAUGAGAGAGACCAUUGUAGAAAGUCCUUUGGAGAUAACAGAAUUAUGACUAGAGGUGGCCUCAUUGGUCUAGCAGUGAAGAAGCGAGUACUGUGGCAGAACUACAGCAUCAUGCAACAAAAGAAUGUGUUUGCUGGUGAAAGCUUGAGUUAGGCCAAUGAAGAGCACAAAAACGUAUCCAGAGAAUCUAGUGUUAUAUGAUGUUCACUGGUCAACUGUAAACUUGAAGGAUUUCAAAAUCAAUUGUCCAAUAGUGUUAAAAGAAACUAUAUAAGGAAGAAAGGGAGGAAAGUUAUUUUUAAGAAAAAGAUGCAGUAUUGAGAUGAACAAACCGAUGCUGAGCAUGGCCCAGUACCACAGAUUCUUUUCUGCGGGCAGUUAAAGACUCUUCUGGUCUAGAACUUAAGUUUCUAUGAAAAGUUAACACUAGCCUGGACACUGCCCAGACCUUUGAGGUCAUAACACAAAACCUAAAGACUUUUAGAUGAACUUUCUGUUGUGCUGGCUUACCAAAAGUAUGCAAGCUCUACGGCUGAAUCCCCAUGGGUCCUGAAUGAGUUCAAGUGUGUAUUUCCUUACUUUUAAGUGUUUGUGAUUUAAAAGGGGUAAAAGGCUACAUGGGUGGGGUGGAAAUACGAUAUCAUUUUGGUUGAACCAUGUGUCGGAUUGUAUGCUAUUUAUUUGAAUAAAAAAAAUAUCAGGACAUAUAGCUGGUUUCUAGUUAAACCAGUAAAGUACCAGUAACUUGUUGCUAAAAGGGUUUUUCCUAACUCUGCACCCGUAAUGGCAAAUGUCAUUCAGGGGAAAAUAAAUGUUAAAAGUUUUAUUUUA